CCCCCCCACCCCCCAAUUUGAGGUUGCAUUAUGAAAGUUUUCCUCAGCUUAAAGAAUUUUUCAUUUUGUGAACAUUUUAAUAUCAAGAGGCAAGUCAUUAUAGCUGUUUAAGGGCUUGGGACUUUCUGCAUAUAUUGGAAACUGUGAUGUCUAAGGAUGAUUUUCAGUAAAGAGGGGAUCCACUUUUAGGAAGAAGUAUUAUUUGCUUUUCAUGUUUACUAUGUUCUACCUCCUACAUUCCAAAAUUUGCUCAGACAGGUGUACCUAUUGUGGAAGUCUCAUCUGAGUUUUUUGCCAUCUGAAGCUGUUAGCUUCUGUUAGAACCAUUUUUUCCUUCUGUUAUGAGGUAAGCAGAGUAAAUAUAUAUAUCUACCCAGUUGAGAAAUAUUUGUGGCUACCUUUUUCUGUCAUCAGAAGUUAAAGUUUGUGUGUGUGUGUAUUUUUAAAGUAAUUGAAGACCAGAUGUGGCAUUGCUAGUCCAGUAAGUCUGUUCUAAUUUGGAUAAUAUUCUGUAACGUGCUUUAUUGUCAGGAAAAGGUAGUAACAGUGGGUACCAGAGCAUCAUAAAGAAGGUGUGAUAAAACAAAUACCACUAUAUGCUUAUUUUUAAAAUAUCAGAUUGCUACCGGACAUAAAAUUCAUCUGGAAGUUUGGAGUAAGGAGAAAGGAUUAAGGGUAGAUGAAGUUCCAUUCUGUUUUCAACUAGGAGUAGACAAAGAAAUCCUAGUCUGUUUUCUUACAGGUCAGAUAAAGGGAACUAGUCUUUAUUUGAACCACUUUUGUCUUACAGGUGCCUGGUUAAGGACUUGCACUUUUUCUCAUUUAAUCCUCUUAACUGCCUCUUUGAGGUGGAUAAUUUGUCAUUAUGGUGACAAAAUCAAGACUUAUGAGAAUUUACUUUGCCUCAAGGUCACAACCCUUAGUCACUGCCAAAGGUGGGGGAAAGCCCUGCAGUUUGUUUCUUGAAGAAAGCAGCAGUCACAAGUAUUCUGUGCUAAGAAUUCCCAGAACAGGACAUGGCAGCCACAGCUGGGCCAAGUUACUUGUUUUGUUGGACCAUUCUUUCUUAUUCUUAUCAGCACCUUGAAAUGACUAAAUCAAGUAUGAACUGUUUUUAGGCUAUACAAUCCGGAAUGUAGAGACUCAAUCCAAACAUCUCUCCUCUUUGGUGGUGCUAAAAUUCUCUAUGACUUGACAAGUUAAAAAUAACAUGAUUCAUUGAGUUUAGUAGCAUAAUGGGUAAACUCAGAAACAUGUUUCCAGUCAACAAAUUCAAAUGUAGAAAGUACUGUCACAGAGGGAAAAGGCUUUGGAAUGAAGAAUGUUGCCAUAGAAAGCAGUGCCACCCAUGGAUGUGAAUUUAACACAGCUGACUUCCUAAAGGAUUAUCAACCCAAGGAGUGUCCAAAGUUUAAAAAAUGACCUUUUAAUGUAUGUUAUGUUCUGCUUACCUCGUCAUUUUGACCACUCUAUGUCCUUUUUCAAAGUGUUUUUACACUUUGAUUUGGAAUGGUUCUAAUGCUUCUUUGUACUUGAAUGUGGUUGGUUAGGCCAUGGAUGAGUGCCUUGCACACAGCAGACAUUCAAUAAAUGUUAAAUGACUGAAGGAAUGUGCAUCUAUGUGAUAUUAGUAAAGGGUACUGGGCUUCCCUGAUAGCUCAGUUGGUAAAAGAAUCUGCCAGCAAUGCAGGAGACCCUGGUUUGAUCCCUGGGUUGGGAAGACCCCUGGAGAAAGGAUAGGCUACCCACUCCAGUAUUCUUGGGCUUCCCUUGUGGCUCAGCUGGUAAAAAAAUCUGCCGGCAAUGUGGGAGACCUGGGUUUGAUCCCUGGGUUGGGAAGACCCCCUGGAGAAGGGAAAGGCUACCCACUCCAGUAUUCUGGCAUGGAGAGUUCCAUGGACUGUAUAGUCCAUGGGGUCGCAAGGAGUCAGACAAGACUGAGUGACUUCCACUUGGUUACAAAAGAAAGCUCAAAGGAAUUCCUUUAUGCUGCUGUUUGAAACCAGGAUGAACAACUCUUAAAGCUAGCGUCUCAGCAUGUGUUUUAUAUGUAGUUCCCUUUCUGGAGACAUAAUUUGACCUUAAGUUUACAAAACCAAACACUGACCUAACACAAGUUUUGUUACAUAAAGAAGAAAAACCAAAGCUCGAAAAUACCUUCUCAGAAAGUUAAUGGGUAUAUUUUAAAGGGUAACUAAUAUUACCAACCCCAUGUUUAUAUAUACACCAGAAAUAGCCCAUCAAUCUCUUUUGGCAUACUCUUAAGAAGAAAAAAAUUUUUGGCCGAUUAUAUCCAACGAAUGUGGAAACUUGUGGUUGCCUUAGACUACUAAGUUUUUCAUCUUUACACAUUGCUUAUAUUGCUGCAUGAGAAUAUUUUCUUUAUGCAUUCUUCCAAUUUAAGUGGCCAGUCAGUAGAAACAGAAAGAUGUAUUUAUUCACUGUCAUUGCUUCUCUACCAUUUUUGAGAGAUUUCACUGACCAGGUAUUUUCUGAAAACAAAACAGUCUUAAAACAGUCUUAGUUCCUGCAGACUACAUGAUCAUCCAGUUGGGUUUACAAAUUUAUUAAAGCUUGCUUAGAUGACUGUUGCCCUAUUUCAUUCACCAUUUUGGAAAAAAGUAUUCUAAUUUUAAAAUCAGUAUGUGGUCAUUUCUGUGAUUUUGAAUCGUUUUCCAAAGAAUAAAAUUACUCUCUAAAUUCCUUUAUCUAUACCCACUUAACUUGAGGAAGCCAAAGGAGCCCAGAGGGUGUCAGAAUGGAUCACUGCCUUAUUUAACACACUUGGGCCCAGCAUUAUUUAUGGGUAAAUAGAAACCCAGAAGGCCACAAUAAUGGAGAGGGAUCUAGACAGGCUGGAGUGCAAAUUAGCAUACAGAGUGUAGAAUCUUUCACGAUUAACUUUUGAUGAUGAGAGCCCUCUUGGGAAGUCCACACUGAAUGUUCUGGUUUGCUGAGGGCAGUCCUAGUUUUUAAAUCAACACCUGUUAAUUAUUUUAGUGCCCUCUUUCACUUUAAAAAAGUUUAGAUAAGUUAUAUGGCCACCCCAUAUUUAGCCCCUCACUCCAGUACUCUUGCCUGGAAAAUCCCAUGGACGGAGGAGCCUGGUGGGCUACAGUCCAUGGGGUCUCAAAGAGUUGGACAUGACUGAGCGACUUCACUUUCACGCAUUGGAGAAGGAAACGGCAUCCCACUCCAGUGUUCUUGCCUGGGGAAUCCCAGGGGCGGCGGAGCCUGGUGGGCUGCCGUCUAUGGGGUCGCACGGAGUCGGACACGACUGAAGCGACUUAGCAGCAGCAGCAGCAGCAGCAGCAUGUUUAGCCCAAAGAGAUUUUCAUAUAUUUAAAUUGUUGGUGGUCUUAAGCAACUGGGUAUGUUCAGAGUUCAAUUAUGCUUGAUUUUUGAGGUCUGGAUUUGGCAAUCAGACUUACUAUGAAGGAAGUCGGUUAAGUCGUUCUGUAGUAUAGAAAUCACCCCCAGGCCAUGUUAAGGUUUAGCACAUAUACCUACCCUCCCAAUUUUUUUUAAUAUAAAAAAAAUGACCCAUUUGUGGCAGUAUUUCUUUGUGUCUGUCUUUUUAAUUUAAAAAAGUCCUACAAUGUUGUGCUGGGUUUUGCCAUACAACAUUGUUUAGGCAGGGCAUGGCAACCUAUAGUUGUCCAUCAACUGACGAAUGGAUAAAGAAGAUGUAAAUAUAUACAAUGGAAUAUUACUCAGUCAUUAAAAAAGAACAGAAGGUCAGUUCUAGUGAGGGGGAUGAACCAUGAGCCUACUAUACAUAGUGAAGUAAGUCAAAAAGAGAAAAACAAAGACUGUAUAUUAACAAAUAUAUGUGGCAAUAUUUCUACUUAGACUAGCUCCAACUUCACUGGAUGGCAAGAAGCAUAAACCUUUCAACCACAGAUGAGACUUUCAGUUCUAAAACUUUUAGGGGAAAUUUAAAGAAACUUUAAUGGGAGAGAAACUUACAAAAUCACUUUUAUCUGCUGAAGACUAAACACAGAAAAAAGAGAAAUUAAAAACAGGACCGAGUAAAGAACAUUUCUUGUUAGUCGCUCAGUCAUGUCUGACUCUGUGACCCUAAUAUGGACUGUAGCCCACCAGGCCACUCUGUUCAUGGGAUUCUCCAGGCAAGACACUGGAGUGGGUAGCCAUUCCCUUCUCCAGGGGUAUCUUCCCAACCCAGGGAUCGUACCCGAGUCUCCUGCAUUGCAGGAUGAUUUUUUGCUGUCUGAGCCACCAGGGAAGAACUUUGCUUGAAGAGUCCCAAAUACAAAUCUCCAGUUACGGUUUCAGUCAUUUUGGAUUUACUUAUAUUAGUAUUCCCUGUUCCUACACACUCCACAGUUGCUGAUGCUCACCUCUUCCCAAGGAAGUAAACUAUUAUACUCUUUGUUCUAAUUUAUAAUGAGUACAAUAUCAGGACUAUAUGUGAGUGUUAGAACAUGACUAAUGAAUAAAGAUUUAACUAGUUAUAUUCAUAGCUUUUUCUUUACAUGAGUUCUGGAUACUAUUCAUACGACAUUCCAGAUACUGAAAAAUGAAUAAUGGAAAUUUCGCCACUGAAAUUUUAAGAAAAUCUGAUGAAAAAUUAUUUCUGGAUAUUCCUGUCAACACAUUCAUAAUUGUGUGCCCCCUUAUACCUCAUGCUUGUGACAUUUCUAGUGGGCUAAAUAUACUCCAGUACCAACACCCAUCCUAGCUCUCAUACCAUGUGUUCACCUUGUUUUAAUUACUCAAUGGACAUGAAUCUGAGCAAAUUCCAGGAGAUGGUGAAGGAAAGGGAAGCCUGGCAUGCUGCAGUCCACGGAGCUGCAAAGACUCAGACAUGACUUAGCAACUAAACAACAAUUUCCUUUCUUUACUCUGUGUUGGAAAAAUACAGAUUUACUUUGAAACAAAGCCUAUGCUUUAUUCUGUGAAGCACUUUUAAAUUUUUUAAUGAAUUUAGUGUUUCUAAGCUUCCCAGUAAAAAAUCACACUAACCUUAUCAAAUAGGAGGAAAGAAGAGGCAGGAGGUGUUUAAUCAGUUUAAAAUAAUUGUAUAAAAACGGAUGCUCCAAACCAUUUUAAAGAUGCUUUUCCUAUUCUCAGCACCUCAUUGUUUAUACCAUUAAUUUGCACUAGCUAAGACAACAACUGUCUAAAUUCCAAACUAGAGUAGUAGGGUGUUUAAGUAAUGAGGUUUUUACUAGUUUAUUAUAAGUGUAAUUAUGCUGUUGUGCCUUAUAAAAAUGAGACUUUCAAUUAUCCCCAAUAAGUAUAGAUAGGGGACGCUUUUGGUUCCAAAUGUUUUAAUUCUUGACUGACAGAAAACAUCAUGAGACAUAUUUGCCUCUUGACUUCAACCGGCUAGCAGGAAAACCUUUCAAACAGAACACAAACAGCCUCUCUUGGGCACUCUAUUGAACAAUUAGGAUCGGCCCUCCCUUUGUGGGUUACACAGCCUCAGAUUCAACCAACCACAGAUGAAAAAUCUUCCCCCCUAAUAUCCAUAAAGUUCCAAAAGGCAAAACUUGCUUCAUCUUGGCAACUGUUUACAUAGCAUUUAUAUUGUAUUAAGUAUUGUAAGUAAUACAGAGAUUACUUAUAGGGAAGGAUAUAAGUAGGUUAUAUAAAAACAUCACACCAUUUUAUAGAAAAGACGAGCAUCCACUGGCUUUUGCUAUGAUGUGUGGGGGGAGGGGAAGGGGGGGCCCUUGAACCAAUUAACCUGCAAAUACCAAGGGACAGUUAUAAAGGAUUGGAGAAACUAGUCAGGCUUUCAUUUUGGGUAAACCUAUUCUUGAGUAAAGAUUAAUUUACACCUGGAAAGCGCUUCCCUGGUGGCUCAAUGGUAAAGAAUCCGCCUGCCAAUGCAGGAGACACUGGUUUGAUCCGACCCCAGUAUUCUUGCCUAGAAAAUCCCAUGGAGCCUGAGGGCUACAGUCUACGGGGUCCGCAGGAGUCAGACACGACUUAGCGACUAAACAUCUGAAAAGCACGUACCCUUCACAUAUUUCACAGCCAUUAAUCACUUCUUAAAACUAGGGAGGGCUGGCUAAAGCCUAAUUACGAGUAACACUACUUUUUUUUUUAAUUUUCGGACUUCCCUGGUGGCUCAGAUAGUAAAGCGUCUGCCCACAAUGAGGGAGACCUGGGUUCAAUCCCUGGGUCGGGAAAAUCCUAUGGAGAAGGAAAUGGCAAUCCACUCCAGUAUUCUUGCCUGGAAAAUCCCAAGGAUGGAAGAGCCUGGUAGGCUACAGUCCACGGGGUCACAGAAUCGGACAGGACCAAGCGACUUCACUUUCACUUUACACAUUUUUUACCCCAUUCCACCUUUUCUGUUCCAAGCACCUAGCAGAUCUGAACUUUCCUUGUCUUUGGAAAUUUAAACCAUAAGGAAGGGCUAAAACGUUUGCUCAUUUCCCCUGGCACUACCAUGUUAGGCUACCUAGGCGCUGGCCUUGUGGUGUUGGAGAAGACUCUUGAGAGUCCCUUGGACUGCAAGGAGAUCCAACCAGUCCAUCCUAAAGAUCAGUCCUGGGUGUUCAUUGGAAGGACUGAUGCUGAAGCUUAAACUCCAAUACUUUGGCCACCUCAUGCGGAGUUGACUCAUUGGAAAAAGACCCUGAUGCUGGGAGGGGUUGAGGGCAGGAGGAGAAGGGGAAGGCAGAAGAUGAGAUGGCUGGAUGGUAUCACCGACUCGAUUGAGUAAACUCCGGGAGUUGGUGAUGGACAGGGAGGCCUGGCAUGCUGCGAUUCAUGGGGUCGCAAAGAUUCGGACACGAAUGAGCCACUGAACUGAACCGAAAACAUCCCGAAACACUUAGGGGACACACUUAAAUCUGGGCAUAAACUUGGCUACGUUGCCCUCGCCUACUUGCAGGCCUUCGAACCCGCUACCAGGCUCUACAUAACAGCUGGAGAGGAGAACGAAAGCCACCUGUGCAGCAGGAGCUUAUACGGAGUCACCAGCGCUGAGUGGGCCCAGGAAGGCUAAGAAACGCGCAGUGUGAACAGCUUACAUCCAAAUCCAUGCCUGCAGGCAUCUCAAAAUUCAGUUCUUCCUCGUCACACGGUUUCCAAAAAGUAAUGAAUGGUCUCUGAAAUGCAGCUUCUCACACUAUCCAGCGAGGUCUGGAAGAAGCCCUUCCUGCAGAAGCCGGAAGGAAACCCCAGCGUCUGCUUUUGCGCAAGCGUAAACCGACUUCUCCCACAAGCCUCCUCGGCUCGAAAGCGGUGGGAGGGGCAUCCUCUGCGCAUGCGCCGGGCUCCCGGCUGUCAUGCGCACGCGUUAUUCCUUACGCAGCUGUUUGGAGCGUCGGCGGCAGGUGUGGGCGUUAAGAAAUCGUGUGUAUGCAGGUUUUUGCUUAGCUUCUGAAAUUUUGUUUAAAGCGGCGAUUAUUCAUGCUCAAAGUACAGUGCCUAAAGUCAGGCAGGUAGGGGUACUCAGAUAAUUUCAGAGCUGGGGGAGAAGCAGUGAAAAAUAUUUUCUGUACGUUCCCCCCCCCCCCCCCCCCCCACCGCUUGCAGCUUUGAAGCGCGUUAUAUAGUCACAAAACACCCAGCAUUAAUACCUUACUUGCCGACAGCGCACGGAACUGUUUUAAUAGUAUUUUUAAAGUAUUUGUUUACAGAAGAAGCAGCGAGGAAAAAGUGAAGUGGUCCAAGCUGUGCUGCUGAACCAGUCGAUAUCGUUGUUUAAAAACGAUCCAGAAAUUAGUCACUAAAAGACCUUUUUUGUUUUUGAGUCCGAUGUUUUUUAUCUUCAUUUUGCUGUAUACAAAGCCAAAAUACGGACUGCUUGGUUCAAGACCGGACAUCUAGCCAACGUACCGACUUCGAGUUUCAGAGUCAUGACUACAGAACAGUCAGGAAAUGCGAAAGCAGAGCCGGCUCUUCCUUCGUCUGCCAAUCAGAGCAAGCCAGUGUCUGAAAAACCAAACUACGCUCUGAAAUUCACUCUGGAGGGACAUACGGAAGCAGUAUCAUCAGUUAAGUUUAGUCCUAAUGGAGAAUGGCUAGCAAGUUCUUCUGCUGAUAAAGUAAUUAUAAUUUGGGGAGCCUAUGAUGGAAAAUAUGAGAAAACACUUAAAGGACACAAUCUUGAAAUAUCAGAUGUUGCCUGGUCAUCAGAUUCUAGUCGUCUUGUUUCUGCCUCAGAUGAUAAAACUCUAAAAAUUUGGGAUGUGAGAUCUGGAAAAUGUUUGAAAACACUUAAGGGGCACAGUAAUUACGUUUUUUGCUGUAAUUUCAAUCCACCGUCCAACCUCAUCAUUUCAGGAUCUUUUGAUGAAAGCGUGAAAAUAUGGGAGGUGAGAACAGGCAAGUGCCUUAAGACUUUGUCAGCUCAUUCUGACCCAGUUUCUGCUGUUCAUUUUAAUUGUAGUGGGUCCUUGAUAGUAUCAGGUAGCUAUGAUGGUGUCUGUCGAAUCUGGGAUGCUGCAUCAGGUCAGUGUUUAAAAGCACUUGUUGAUGAUGAUAACCCUCCUGUCUCUUUUGUAAAAUUUUCUCCAAAUGGUAAAUAUAUUCUCAUUGCAACUUUGGACAAUACUCUUAAACUAUGGGAUUACAGCAGAGGCAGAUGCCUGAAGACAUAUACUGGUCACAAGAAUGAGAAAUACUGUGUAUUUGCCAGUUUUUCAGUUACUGGUGGAAAAUGGAUUGUCUCUGGUUCAGAGGAUAACCUGGUAUACAUUUGGAACCUUCAAACUAAGGAGAUUGUACAGAAAUUACAAGGUCAUACAGAUGUGGUAAUCUCAGCAGCUUGUCAUCCUACAGAAAACAUCAUUGCUUCAGCAGCAUUAGGAAAUGACAAAACAGUUAAAUUGUGGACGAGUACUUACUAAACCCUUUAGAAAUCAAGUGGUAGAGUCAAACUGGCCAAAAAAAGGCUUCAUUUAACCUAGAUCAAACUGUGGUGUUGGAGAAGACUCUUGAGAGUCCCUUGGACUGCAAGGAGAUCCAACCAGUCCAUCCUAAAGGAAAUCAGUCCUGGGUGUUCACUGGAAGGACUGAUGUUGAAGCUGAAACUCCAGUAUUUUGGCCACCUGAUGUGAAGAGCUGACUCAUUUGAAAAGACCCUGAUGUUGGGAAAGAUUGAAGGCAGGAGGAGAAGGGGACAACAGAGAAUGAGAUGGUUAGAUGGCAUCACCGACUCAAUGGACAUGAGUUUGGGCAAACUCCGGGAGUUGGUGAUGGACAGGGAGGCCUGGCGUGCUGUGGUUCAUGGGGUCGCAAAGAGUCGGACACGACUGAGCAACUGAACUAACUGAAAGUUGUAAAAUACAGACAAGUGAUUUCUUUAAGAAAAUUUAUUUGUG